CUCUGAAAUCCACAAAAACAAGCUCCUUCCCCCAUGUCCGACAUAUCAGACGUCGACCUGGAUGUUUAGAACUGCUCUAAAAAGAUUUCAGAACAAAUGGAAAUCGUACAGACACAGGUUUGUGCCUUGGAUUAUACUGAACCUGUCUAAAAAUGAGAAAACUCUGCGGCAGGUGCCGGAGCUCUCUGAGGACAAGCUGGUGCCGGAUGAGGAGGUGUCACAUAGCUUACUGCAGCUCUUCAGACUCCUGCUCAGGAGCCAACAUGUCACCCAUGGGGAGCCCCGAGCAACUCAAACUCACUUUCUCAGACAGGUAACCAGCGAAGAAGACCAAGGUGGAGGGAGCUCAGUGUGUGGAGAUGAUGCCAUGUUUCAGUGUCUUGGGUUCUGCAUUGACCGGAGGCCUAGCACUUUGCCCUUUGCAGGUACGGGAGUGUUUGUCACCAAGGGAUUUGUACCCAAAGGAGCCACAGUGGCCAUGUACCCUGGCACAGUCUAUCAAGCCUAUGAGCCAAUUCUCCUCCAGUCCAUCAGGAACCCUUUUGUAUUCAGGUGUAUUGAUGGUGUCCUGAUUGAUGGCGAUGACAAAGGCAUCUCCAAAAUGGUGUUCAACUCCUGCAGUGGCAGGGACAGACUGGGGCCCUUCAUGAUGAGUGACACCAGCUGGCUGACAGAAAGUCCACUAAACCCACUUGCUGUUGGUCAGUAUGUGAACAACUGCUCCAACGAGUCACCUGCCAACGUGUGCUACCAGGAGUAUGAUGUGCCACAUAAGUUUCCCAUCGAGCUUCGCCAGUAUCUGCCUAAUGUCAACUACAGCAAUGACACACAGAGGCCUCUGCGCUGUGUUGUCCUUGUAUCCCUUGGAUUAUACUGAAC